AAAAAUCAUUUGAUAUAAUAAAAUUGCUGAUCAUAAAGAAUCAUCAUGAACUACUGACAUGACAUUGGAGCAUGUUGAUGACCAGCGUUGGACGAUGAACAUCCGCUAAAAAGAUAAUGCAGACACUGGUUGUCAGAAUAAGACCCUCUAGGAUUUAAUAAACGUUAAUAUUUUGACAUAUUCAAUGUCAGUUGACGAGCUGAAUGGUUGUCAAUUGUCAACCACAAUUUAGACGAGAGAUAACUUUAACUGACAAUUGUAUUGUUUAUUAUUAUUAUUAUUAUAUUUUUUUUUAAAUUUGUAUUUUAUUAUUAUUACUAUUAUUGAAUAAUUAAUAUUAAUAAUUUUGCUAAAUAAUGACAAUUGCAACAAGAGGACAGGGGAUCGGUAUAGAUCCACCUGAUAUCCAACAAUCAACACAAGCAUCACAGAUGCAGAACUCACAAAGUUCUCAACAAUUAACUGAUGCACUGUCAGGAUUACAAAUAAAUGACAAUGUUAUUACAAAUGAAUGUCAAAAUGAUACAUCAUCAACAGCAGCAACAUCAUCAUCAUCAACAACAACAACAGCAACAGGAACAGGAACAAUAACAACAACAAAAAUUGAUGAUAAUAGUCAAUUAAGAAGUGAGCCUGAUUUUCCACAUUCAAAAUUAGCAAUGUUAGAUGAUAAAAUAACAAGUUCAAGAUGGGUUGUACCAGUAUUACCUGAUCAAGAAUUAGAAUGUUUACUUGAAGCAAGUAUUGAACUUUGUAAAAAAGGUAUUGAUGUACAAAGUGAAGCAUGUCAACGUUUUUUUCGUGAAGGUUUAACAAUAUCAUUUACAAAAAUAUUAACUGAUGAUGCUGUUAAUAGUUGGAAACCACAUAUUCAUACAUGUAUUAAUACAAAUUGUGAAAGAUUAGUUGAAUUAUGUGUACGUAAAUUAGAUGAAGAUUGGUUUCCAUUACUUGAUUUACUUGCAAUGGUAUUUAAUCCAGGUAAUAAAUUUCAUGCAUUUAAUGCAGCAAGACCAUCAGAAACAGUACCACCUGGUAGUAAUAUACCAGAUGAAGAAUUAUAUGCAAGACCACCAUCAGAUUCAAAAUAUCCACGUGGUUGGCUUGUUGAUCUUAUUAAUAAAUUUGGUAAUCUUGAUGGUUUUGUAAUAUUAUUAUCACGUUUUCAAAGUGGUAGAAAUUUAACAAUACCAAUAAUUUAUGCAUUAUUAAGACCAUUUGGUUUAUGUUAUGAGCUAUUAACUGUUCAUACAAUUGUAAAAUAUCUUAUGCCAAUAAUUGAAAUGGUACCAAUAAUAUUAGAUAAUUUAACUGAUGAUGAAUUAAAAAAAGAAGCUAAAAAUGAAUCUAAAAAUGAUGCAAUAUCAGCAAUAAUACAAUCAAUGAAAUGUUUAAUAUCACGUGUACCACAUCAAGAAGAAAUGAUUAAAAACCUUGAAAUAUUAAGACUGAAAAUGAUAUUACGUUUAUUACAAAUAUCAUCAUUUAAUGGUAAAAUGAAUGCACUUAAUGAAGUUAAUAAAGUUAUAACAACAGUUAGUUAUUAUGCACAACGUAAUCCAUCAUUAGAUGAUGAUUGUGAACGUUAUUUAACAUCUGAACGUAUGGCUAAAUGGAUAAAAGAUAAUGGUGUAUUAGAAAUUGUAUUAAGAGAUUCAUUACAUCAACCACAAUAUGUUGAAAAAUUGGAAAAAAUAUUACGUUUUAUAAUAAAAGAACGUGCAUUAACACUUGAUGAUUUAGAUGCUGUAUGGUCAGCACAAGCUGGUAAACAUGAAGCAAUUGUUAAAAAUAUACAUGAUUUAUUAGCUAAAUUAGCAUGGGAUUUUAGUCCAGAACAGUUGGAUCAUUUAUUUGAAUGUUUUCAAAUGAGUUGGAAAACAGCUAAUAAAAAACAACGUGAAAAAUUAUUAGAGCUAAUACGUCGUCUUGCUGAGGAUGAUAAAGAUGGUGUUAUGGCACAUAAAGUAUUAACAUUAUUUUGGAAUUUAGCACAUUCAGAUGAAGUACCAACUGAAAUAAUGGAUCAAGCAUUAAAUGCACAUGUUAAAAUAUUAGAUUAUUCAUGUUCACAAGAUCGUGAUGCACAAAAAACUGUAUGGCUUGAUAAAUGUGUUGAUGAAUUAAAAAGUGGUGAUAAAUGGGCAUUACCAGCAUUAAAACAAAUACGUGAAAUAUGUAGUUUAUAUGAACCAAAUCCAAAUAUGGGUAGUAAUCAACGUAGUCAUCAUGUUUAUUAUCGUCAAGAAGUUAUUGAACGUUUACAAAAUCAACAUACAGUUGUUGUACUUGUUACAAAUAAUUUAACAAAUUAUAUGAAUAAAGUACGUAAACUUGUUAAUGAUAAUUCAGAUAUUGAUGGUAAUACAUUUUUACCAGAUGGACGUUAUAAUCAUGUAUCACAAGUACAAGAAAGACUUAAUUUUUUAAGAUUUUUAUUAAAAGAUGGACAAUUAUGGUUGUGUGCUGAUCAAGCAAAACAAAUAUGGCAGUGCCUUGCUGAACAAGCUGUUUUUUCAACUGAUCGUGAUGCAUGUUUUAAAUGGUUUUCAAAAUUAAUGGGUGAAGAACCAGAUCUUGAUCCAGCAAUAAAUAAAGAUUUUUUUAUAAAUAAUAUAUUACAACUUGAUCCAGCAUUAUUAACUGAAAGUGGUAUUAAAUGUUAUGAAAGAUUUUUCAAAGCUGUUAAUUCAAAAGAAGGUAAAUUACGUUUAAAAAGACGUACAUUUUUAAUGGAUGAUCCUGAUUUAAUUGGUACUGAUUAUUUAUGGAGAGUUGUUACAAAUAGUCCUGAAGAAAUUGCAAAUCGUGGUAUUGAAUUAUUAAAAGAAAUUAAUACUAAUUUAGGACCAAGAUUAAAAUCAUCUGUUUUAGCAUUUCAUGAAACAUUUAUUGCUGAAUGUAUGGAUAGAUUACGUGUACAUUAUGAUACAUUUACUGUAUUAAGUAAUGAAAGUGUUGUUGUUGUUAAAGAAAAAAUUAAUGUUGAUAAUGACGGUGGUAUUGAUAGUGUUGAUGGUGUUGUUGCUAAUGAUGGUGAUGAUGAUAAUGAUGAUAAUAAUAAUAUUAAUAAUAAUAAUAAUAAUGUUGAUGAUGAUGAUAUUGAAAUUGAUGAUGACAAUGAUGAUGCUGAUGAAGAUAGUGAUGAUGAUGAUGAUGAUGAUAUAUCAAGAAAUAUAAAAAAUGAAGCAUUAAAAAUAUGUCGUGUUAUGAAAGUAUUACAAGAAUAUAUAAAUGAAUGUGAUACAUCAUUUCCUGGUGAAAGAAAAAUAUUACCAUUACAUAGAGCAGCACGUGGUAAACAUAUGUCAUUAAUAAUACGUUUUGUUAAUCCUGGUAGAAAUAUUGAUGAUAUUGAUAUAUUUACACAUAGUAAUGAUACAUUAAUAUCAUUAAGACGUCAAAUAUUAAGAAGAAUAAAAGCAAAUGGUUCAAAUGUUAAACUUGAUUUAUUUAUAAAUGGUGAACCACUUGAACAAUCAGAUGAUCGUAAAUUAUUAUCACAAAUACCAUUAAGAGAUAAAACAUUAUUAUCAGCAAAAUUAAGUCAAAUUAAUAGUAAUUUACCAAGUUCACCAGAUAGUAGUUCAGAUAGUUCAACAAGUUCACCUCAUCAUCAAUUUGAUGGACCAAAUGUAGAAGCUGAAAGUUGUUUACCAGGUGUUGUUAUAUCACAACGUCCACAUUAUACAAAUUUUUUUUUUCAACUUGCUGAUCUUGGUUGUACACUUAAACAUUCACAAUUACGUGAUUGUGCUAGAAAUUUAUUACAACUUGUACCACCAAACACACAAACAAUAAAAAGAUUACAAUGGUUUUUUGGUAAUUAUAAAAAUGAUAAUACAACAACAACAACUACAACAACAUCAACAUCAACAUCAAAUCCAUUGUGUAAUGAAAAAAAUACAAAUGUUGAUACAUUAUUUUUUGCAACAUCACCAAGUCAAGUAUUAUAUAAUUUAGAAGUAUUAUAUGCACUUGUUAUGCCAGCAUUAGAUCCAUUAUCAGAUAAAUCAUUUGAAUUUCAAUCGGAUUUUAUAAAAAGUGGUGAAUCAAGUGUUAUACUUGAUAUGUUAAGUAAAAAAAAAUUUUUACAAAAUGCUGAUGAAACAACAAAACGUUCAGCAUAUUUAACUGUAUUAAAAUUAUCAAAAUUAUUAUUAACUGUAUUGGGUAAUGCUGUUGCAUGUACACUUGAUGAUAUACAUCAAAGUAAUACUGAUAAUAAUCAAGAUAUUGAUAAUAAUAAUAUAAAUAAAAGACGUCAUGAAAUAUUUAAACAAGCAAUGCAUAAUGUACCAAAUCAAAAUACUGAAUUUAUGCUUAGAAAUGUUGCUAUUAAAUUAUCACAAUUAUUACCAACAAAUAUAUUAUUAAAUGGUUCUGAAACAGAUAGAUGUCGUCCAUUAUUUAUGCAAGCUGUAUCAUCACAACUACCAGAUAUGACAACAAUACGUUCAAUUAUAAAAUUAGCAUGGUCUGCAUCAGCUGGUAAUUUAACAAAUAUUGAUAUAUCACAAGAUGCAUUACAUUUAAUGCAUGAAUUAAAUAAAAAUGAACAAAAAAUACUUGAUUCAGCUGAUAUAUAUGUAUGUAAAGAAGCAUUAGAAGUAUUAACAUUAUCAUUAAUAUUACAUCCAAAAGCAUUACAUAUAUUAACAACAGAUAAAAUAUGGCAUGUAUUUUUAACUGAUUUAGUAUUAGUUAGUACAUCAAAAUCAAUUAGAAUAACAGCUGCUGAACAAUUUUUAAUGAUAUCAACAUGGUGUAAUAGUAAUGUAACAACAUUUCAAUUUACAAUAAUGGUUUUUUUUAAUGCAUUAAAAACAACAGUUAUUGAAAAUUCAAAACAAAGCCAUGAAUUUUUUCAAUUAUUAUGUCGUUUAGUUAAUUGUGCACAUAUAUCAUCACGUCAAUUACCAUCAACUGAAUUAUUUUUAAAUCGUCAAGUAUCAUGGUUAAAAAAUAUACGUAAUAGCGUUAUUGAAUAUGGUGAAUUACAAAUUGAUGAUGCAUUAAUUGAAGGUCAUUUAAGUUUAACUAAAGAAUUAUUAGCAUUUUUACCACCAUCAAAAAAAUAUGAACUUGGUUCUGAUGAAAAAAUUGGAUCAAAUUUAAUAAAAGAACUUGUUGAAGAUUUUAUAUUUCCAGCAUCAAGAUUAAUGUUACAAUUACGUAGUACUGGUGAAUUAAGUUCAACACAAACAAGUCCAGUUUGUAUAUCACCACAAUCAACAAGUGCUGCAUUUGAUUUACUUGUUGGUCUUUGUAUUGGUUGUCCACCAAAUAUGAAACUUCUAGUCACAAUGUUAACUGAUAUGUUUUAUUCAGAACGUGAUGAACCACUAACUGAAUGGGAUUAUUUACCACCAGUUGGACCACGACCAUUAAAAGGUUUUGUUGGUUUAAAAAAUGCUGGUGCAACAUGUUAUAUGAAUUCGGUACUACAACAAUUAUAUAUGGUUGAAAGUAUUAGAAUUGGUUUAUUAGCUGCUGAAGGUGCUGCAACUGAUCUUAAUGAAGAUUUUUCUGGUGAAGAAAGAAUUGAUGGUGGUGAACAUAAUAUUGAAACAAAUGAUAAUGAUACAAAUGAAGAAAAAUGUGGUGCUGAUGAAUCAAGAAAAGAAUAUAAUAUUGGUAUAUUAAAACAAGUACAAGCAAUAUUUGGUCAUUUAGCAUAUAGUAAAUUACAAUAUUAUGUACCACGUGGAUUAUGGAAACAUUUUAAAUUACAAGGUGAACCAGUUAAUUUACGUGAACAACAAGAUGCUGUUGAAUUUUUUAUGAGUUUAAUUGAAAGUUUAGAUGAAGCAUUAAAAGCACUUGGACAUGAACAAAUUAUGGGUAAAAUACUUGGUGGUUCAUAUAGUGAUCAAAAAAUAUGUAAAGGUUGUCCACAUAGAUACUCAAAAGAAGAACCAUUUAGUGUUAUGAGUGUUGAUAUUAGAAAUCAUAGUAAUUUACUUGAUUCAUUAGAACAAUAUGUUAAAGGUGAAUUACUUGAAGGUGCUGAUGCUUAUCAUUGUGAUAAAUGUAAUAAAAAAGUUGUUACUGUUAAACGUUUAUGUGUUAAAAAAUUACCACCAAUAUUGGCAAUACAAUUAAAACGUUUUGAAUAUGAUUUUGAACGUGUUUGUGCUAUUAAAUUUAAUGAUUAUUUUGAAUUUCCAAGAGAUUUAGAUAUGGAACCUUAUACAGUAUCUGGUCUUGCUAAAUUAGAAGGUGAAGUUAUUGAUUGUGAUUAUGAAGAACCAAAUAAAAUAACAUGUACAAAAUAUCAAUUAACUGGUAUUGUUGUACAUAGUGGUCAAGCAAGUGGUGGUCAUUAUUAUUCAUAUAUAUUACAUAGACAAAAUGAUGGUACAGCAAAAUGGUAUAAAUUUGAUGAUGGUGAUGUUACUGAAUGUAAAAUGGAAGAAGAAGAAGAAAUGAAAACACAAUGUUUUGGUGGUGAUUAUAUGGGUGAAGUAUUUGAUCAAAUGUUAAAACGUAUGAAUUUUAGACGACAAAAAAGAUGGUGGAAUGGUUAUAUGUUAUUUUAUACAAGAUUAGAUGUUGAAGAAAAUUCAUUAAUUAAAAGUGUUAAUGAAUUAUCAUUAUAUACAAAAUUAGGUGUUAUGAAAAUGCCAUCAGCAAUUGAAUAUAGUGUUAGAAAACAAAAUAUUAAAUUUAUGCAUAAUCGUAAUCAAUUUAGUUCUGAAUAUUUUCAAUUUAUUCGUAAACUUGUAUCUUGUAAUUCACCACAUAAUAUUGGUCGUCAAAAUAAUAAUGAUAAAUUAACACAAGAUGCUGAAGAAUUAUCAAUGUUAUCAGUACAAUUAGCAUCAAGAUUUUUAUUUUAUACUGGUUUUCAUACUAAAAAAACAUUACGUGGUACUGCAACUGAUUGGUAUGAUAUAUUAUGUCCACAUUUACGUAAUAGUAAAUCAGUUAGAUCAUGGUUUGCACAUAAUGUAUUAUUUAAUAAUUCACAUAGAUUUUGUGAAUAUUUAUUAAGUUGUCCAAGUACAGAAGUACGUUCAGCAUUUUUAAAAAUUCUUGUAUUUUUAUCACAUUUUUCAUUACAAGAUGGUCCAUGUUCACCACCAAGUUUAAAUGCUCCAUUAUUAUUAUUAGAUCCAACAGCAACAUUAAGUGAUCAUAUAUUACAUGCAAUAUUAUCAUUAUUACAUCGUGAAAUAUCAGAUCAUGGUAGACAUUUAUCACAUUAUUUUUCACUUUUUCAUUCAUAUGGAAGUCUUGGUUUAGCUGAAAAAAAUCAAUUAUUAAAACUUAAUGUACCAGAAAAAUUUAUGCUUGUUGCUAUUGAUGAAGGACCUGGUCCAGCAAUAAAAUAUGAAUAUCCAGAAUUAACAAAACUUCAUCAAGUUGUUAGUAUGCUUAUACGUUGUUGUGAUGUAUCAUCAAAAUGUCAAUCAAGUGCAACAUCAGCUGGUGUUGCUGUAUUACCAAAUCCAUAUGGUGAUCCAAAUUGUCAAACAGAUAAUUAUCUUAUGACAAUACAACCACAAGUUGCUGAUAUAUUAUAUACACGUUCUUCAUAUAUGAAAAAAUUAAUUGAAGAUGCAAAUAUAACUGAAGAUACAGUAAAGCUAUUACAAUAUUGUUGUUGGGAAAAUCCACAUUUAUCAAGAACAGUGCUAAGUGAAUUAUUAUGGCAAAUUGGAUUUGCAUAUACACAUGAACUUCGUCAACAUACUGAUUUAUUAUUGGCAAUGUUAUUAAUGGAAGAUUCAUGGCAAACACAUCGUGUACAUAAUGCAUUAAAAGGUGUACCAGAUGAAAGAGAAGGUCUAUUUGAAACAAUUCAAAGAAGUAAAAAUCAUUAUCAAAAAAGAGCAUAUCAAUGUAUCAAAUGUAUUGUAACAUUAUUUAGUAAAUGUCGUUCAGCACAUCAAUUAUUAUAUCAAAAUAUGGAUUUAAGAAGAAAAUGGAUACAUGCUGUUGAUUGGCUACAGGAUGAACUUGAUAAAAGACCAUAUAGUACAUCAGCACCACCAUAUACACAUGCAUAUAAUAAUUGGUCACCACCAACACAAUCAAAUGAAUCAACAAAUGGAUAUUUUUUGGAAAGAAGUAAUAGUGCUAAAAAAAUAUUAGAAAGAGCAUUUGAAUUAUGUCCAGAAGAAGAAGAAAUUGAAGAUGUCAAUGAAGAACAUUAUAAACGUACAAGUGGUAAUAGUGGUAAUAGUGGUGGUGGUGGUGGCGGUGGUGGUAAUAAUUCACAAUGGGGAUCAUCAACAGAAAGAUAUGUUUCUCAACAACCAGAUGUAACUGUAACACAACAAAUGCAAGAUGAGCAUGAACAACAACAACAACAACAAAUGAUACAACAAAUUCAUCAACAACAACAAAUACAACAAUUACAUCAACCAACAACAUCACCUGUUCAUGUUCAUGCACCUCAUGUAACUCGCCAAUUACCAAAUCCUUGUGAAUCACCACAAAAAAGUAAUCAGGAGCCAUAAUUAAUACUAUUUAAUAUAGAAUACUAUCGAAAUUAUAAUCGUCAUGGUUAAAAAAAAAUUGAUAAACAAAUAUUAAUAAUAUAUAAUCUCGUAUAUUAUUAUAUAUGUAAUGCGCAACAUGACGCAUAAAAUAAUUGCCGGAUUGAAAAUUUAAAAAAGGGUAACUGUACAGAAUGAGCUGGAAUCACGUAUUUUUAAAGUUAUAUAUCAUUUUUUUUUUUCAUUUAGCUGAUGAUUUUUUU